AUCUCCUCAUUCAGUCCCCGACCCUGGAACGUGUCACACAAGGACACUCGGCCUGGUUUCAGUGCAUCAUGAAGGACGGCGACGUGAGCCGCACCGAUGUAAACUGGUACCAACAUCUCCCGGGACAGCAGAGCAAGUGGAUUUUAACACAUCGAAUAGAUGGCAGGAAAUCAUACCCCUCAGGAUCCUCUCGUCAUCUCAAGCCGUACAGAUUCAUCUCCAAUAACACCUACAUUCUCAAAUUUGAACACGUGAAAGUCAGUGACACUGCCGUCUAUCGCUGCUGUGCGGGGGGACCUAUCUGUGGGCAAGGGACACGACUGAAUGUAACCAGUGCGGCUGAUCCUCUCCUCAUUCAGUCCCCGACCCUGGAACGUGUCACAGAGGGACACCCGGCCCGGUUACAGUGCUCCAUGAAGAACGCCAACGUGAGCCGCACCGAUGUACACUGGUACCGACAACUCCCGGGACGGCAUAAGGAGUGGAUUUUAACACAUGAUACAAAUGGAAGGAAAACAGAUCACGAAGAUGUUAAUCAGCGUCUCCAGCCGUCCAGAGUCACCUCCAAUAACACCUACAUUCUGAUACUCAGACGAGUGACAGUCAGUGACGCUGCCGUCUAUCACUGCUGUGUGUGGGGAGAUGUCUGUGGGAACGGGACCCGACUCAAAGUAACCAGUGUGGCUGCUCCUCUCCUCAUUCAGUCCCCGACCCUGGAACGUGUCACAGAGGGACACCCGGCCCGGUUACAGUGCUCCAUGAAGAACGCAGACGUGAGCCACAGUGAUGUACACUGGUACCGACAACUCCCGGGACAGCAGAGGGAGUGGAUUUUAACACAUGAUACAAAUGGAAGGAAAACAGAUCACGAAGUUGUUAAUCAGCGUCUCCAGCCGUCCAGAGUCACCUCCAAUAACACCUACAUUCUGAUACUCAGACGAGUGACAGUCAGUGACGCUGCCGUCUAUCAAUGCUGUGUGGAGGGAGAUGUCUGUGGGAACGGGACCCGACUGAACAUAACCAGUGAGUAAACUUAUACUGUGUCAGGUUUUACUGUCAGAUU